GCUUAUGCCCACGUGCAUUUUAUUUUUAAUCUCCAUGGAUAGUAGGCAGGUAUCAGUGUCAUCUUUUACCUGCAAUAAGAGCUAAUAGGUCAGUAAUCAAUAAAAGAGUUUCCCUCUUUACAGUGAAUUUAGUGAAAUGUUGUUUUUUAUACUGUAUCUUAAAUGUAAACCUGUUCUGUUUCAAUAUACCCAAGUGUGUUUAAAGUUUAAAAUACAGGUUUCGUUUCAUUUUUUAACCCAUUGUAAUGUGAUAUUUACUACUCCUUGUUAGAAAUAUCUAUAGGAUUUGUAUUAAAUCUAUAAUAAUUUACUCAAUACAUAGCCCUACCUGUCACAGUCACCAGCCAAAAUGCCCUUAUGCACCACAAGAGGGCACUCGCCACUUCACCAGGACUGCCAAUACACUACAUUUCCCAUAACACUCAUCUACCAUCAUUACAUUCACCUGUGUCUUGUUAUCUUGUGUGUGUAUAGUGCCUGUGUUUGUUAGUAAUUGCCUCUAUAAAAGAACAGUCUUCAUUAAUCUAGUUAUCUGUCUGUAACUUCAACAUGCUGCAACGAGGGCUGUGUGGUCUCACAUUGUUGGUGCUGCUGUGCCACAAUGGUGUCAAAGCAAUAGACUUGACUAUGUGUGAACGGCAGCCUGCUUUCCUCAGCUGUGGAGAUGCAACUAUUAAAGUGCUUUCAGUCUUUUAUGGGCGAGAUGACACCACAACCUGUGCAAGUGUUAACACCGAUAACACUAACACUGCAUGUGCUCUCUCUGAUGCCAUAAGUAUUGCAGCCACCAAAUGUGAUGGAACAGCACUCUGUCAAAUAAUUCCCCAUGAGACUUUCUCUGACCCUUGUUCUGGAACUUCUAAAUACAUUAGGCUGUCUUAUGAUUGUGUCUUACCAUCAACACCGCCACCGAGUUUUACACCUUAUUCAUCCUAAAUUUCCUCUUCUGUGACAGACAAAUGAAGAAAAACUCUAACCACAAACAUAGAGGAGAAAAUGUAUUUUCAAAUCAUUUUUUUGAUUCCGUUAUAACAUGAAUCCAGCAAUUCACGAGGAACUCUGGCAAAGAACAUUUCUGUGACCUGGGAAGGAAAUCUUGCUUACAUUUUUCAUGUUUUCUUUGUGAG